ACAAUGGGAAAGAUGCAGGCUGAAAAUCCAGACUCCAAAGUGAUCCGACCACACCCUGGCAUGUGUGUGAAGACUCUCUCAGAGCCAAGCAAGCACAAGGUCUUUGUCAACAUCUGCCAGUCAAACUCAGUCCCACCGCCACCAGAACUCUCCAGGGAGGAGCUAGUGGAGCUGCUCCAAUCCGAGGAUCCCAGCGGCUACAGAGUUCCCAUGAGCCUCGGCGAGCCACACACAGAAAUAGACAACAGCUCUCAGGGUUGCACAGCCUAUGACGUCGUCAUCAACCAGGAUUUCUUCCAAAAGUGCCAG